AUGUCGGUCAAAAUUAAGAAAUCAGUCGCUAGGUUUCUAAACCAUCAGGUUGCUCAUAGAAUAAAACUCUUAGAAUCAGCUUUGCUCGAAAUUCAUGAUCUGGAUAACCGCAUGAAAAUGGAACUAUUGGCUCUGAACACCCUUGCUAAUCCAAACGACGACGAAUUUUGUGAAGAAGAUUGUAUGACAUAUAUGUCUGCAGAAGAAGAGUUACUAAAAAGCCAUGGGAAUUUUGACGAUUCCAACUGUGAUGUCAAAUAUGAGUUGGUGGAUUUGAACGAUGAUGUUACAGCUUAUGAAGCAUCAAUUAAUAAAAUCGACGAACAAAUUCAAUCAAUCGAUGUCCACCAACCACAGUCUUGUUAUACUAAAGGUCGAAAGAUAUCUGCACUGAAUACAUUCGAUUUUCUUACUGGUCUUAUUAAUGAUCGAUCGUUAAAGCUGACUUCUUGUUUACCUUAUUCAUCCCAGUCUUCAUUAUUAUCAUUAUCACCUGAACAACAAUUGAGAAUAUCAAAAGAAUUUCCAUUAGAUAAUGAAUUAAAAUAUCGUCAUUAUACUUCAAUUAAUGAUGAUGAUGAUCAUGAUGAUGAUGGUGAUUUCUAUCAGAAUUCAGAUUCGAACAGUAGUUCCUUGAUAUUUGAUUCAAAUAUAUUAAAAAAUUCUCCAAAUAAUAAUAGUAUAACACAACUUGAAUGUAUGAGACAUUCAGAUCAUUAUAAUGGUUCAUCAUCUGUUAUACGAUUUAUGGAAAAUGUAUAUAUACGUGAAGAAGAAGAUGAUGAUGAUAAUAGUAUAAGUUCAGAUGAUGGUAAUAAUGAAGUUUCAAUGAAAAAAUGUACAUAUAUUUAUAUUGGAUUAUUAUCAAUUGUUAUCUGUAUUGCAUCAAUUCUAUUUUACAUGUAUCCAAUGUUCAUUUCACUUAAAUCACAAUCAUCUCCUUCUGUUCAUGAACAAUCUUUAACAUCUGUACAAAAACUCAGAACACAAAAUCUAACCAAUCAGUUAUCUCAAGAAUUUCAAGGUCAACAUAAACGUCUUUGGGCUCAAAUUCGUUCUGCUUUAGAAUCACCAUUUCAACAUGAAUAUACAAAUCAUCAAAGGCAAACAACUAAUGAAAGGAUUCCUCCUGUAGUACUUCUCAUUGUCAAUCGUUGUAUACAUUCAAUAGUCAAUAAUCAAUCUAAACAACAUCAUUCUACAUUGAAUCAUAAUGAAAAUGGAUCAUUUCAUUGUUUUAUUACACGUCUUGGUCAAUUAAUUAAUCAUUUAUAUUUGUCAAAUUCUAAAAAUUCAUGUUCAAUUGUAAAACCUCAUCAAUUGAACUCAUUAAAUAAACAAAAGUUUGAUCAAAUCAAAUUAGAUUUUGAUAAUCAACUUGACAACUUAUAUCAAUCUGGUGAACGAUGUUUUCAUUUCAUUUCAAUUGAUUUAUUACCAAUUGAAAUUAUUCUAUUAUUUCAUGGUUAUACAGAUACAGAGAAUUCAAUUUAUUCCAAUGCCAUUUUAAUAAUAAGUUUAUCAAAAAGAUUUGAUGUAUAUGAAUCAUUAAAUUGUACAAAAAAAUCAGAAUAUAUUUUACCUGGUUGUCAAACAGCUAGUCAAUUUGAACAUCAAAUUAAUCAAUAUUUACGUUCUUUAUGGAAUAAAUAUUUGGGUAAUGAAGAGGUAGAUGCAUUAAUUUCACGUUUAACUACAAAUAUUAUUAUAUUUCAUACAUAUCAUUAUCAUAUUCAAUAGAUGAGAAAACUAGAAUAUGAAUAUGAUUUUCUAUAAAAGAUGAAUAAUAAUAAAUUGAUCUUAACUUUGUA